AUGUAUAUAAAUUUGGUAUUUCUUCUAUUUCUACUCCUCAAAAGCUCAAAUGCGCAGCUCUAUGGAAACAGUUACUUCCUCAACGCCUUGAGAGGCUAUGGCAAUGACUUAUGCAGAUUCGUCUCAUGCCCUCCGGGCCAGUAUUGCGUUGGCGGCCAAUGUAAUACGGGCGGCGCUUUUGGAACCGGAUUAACUGGAGGUGGAGUUGGUGGCCUCGGCUAUGGAGGGUAUGCCGGAUAUGGAAACACGGGAUAUGGAUUGGGAUAUGGAGCGAGCUUGGCGUUGAUGAAUGCGGCGCAUAAAUGUAAGGAAUUUUUGAUUUUUUUGUGGUGUUGGACGAUUGGGGAUUCCGCAAAGUAUUAUUUUUCUUCAAUGUGUCUGUGGGCCAUUCGAAACGGAUAAGUUUUUUCUUUGAAUUUCUAAUUGUAAGUUUCAGCGGUUUCGACUCGAAAAUAAUUCUUCAAAGCUUUGGGAAGGCAUAGAAAGAUCAAUUCAAAAAAUAUAUCUUUUUUGCAAUUUAAUCUGUCGAAAAUGGCAGGUCUCGGCUCCAGAAAAAUCAAAAUUUUAGUAAAAUUGGCGGAGUAUCCGCGGAGAAAUCCAAAGAAAAAACUUACCCAUUUCGAGUGGCCCACCCUGUACUUUUCGGUUUCCCCAAUCGUACUUUUCCCAAUCGUCUUUUUCCCCAAUCGUCCCUGUUCCACUUAUUGAGAUUCUUGAAGCCUUAUGCUUUGAUUGUCAUAAAGUUUUGGUUGUGUCAUCUGCAGAACAGAUUCUGUUAUACAGCUUUCACAAAUAGCGGCUCAUAAGUGAGAGCAAUCACAACAAGAAUGGCAGGAUACCUCAAGAUAUCCUGUUAUUCUUGUGAUUGCCCCACCUCAAAUUUCGACAAGUUUUGAUGACUUUAUUUUUGACUAAACUCUAGGCCUAUGACUAUGUUUGGCCAUUAAACUUUCGCCUUCUUAUUGCAGUUUAUUGGAUGCCUGUUUUCUCAAUUAAAUUUUCAGUUUGUGCCGAGACCUCCGAUUGCUAUAGCGGCCAGAUUUGUCAAGCCGGCCGUUGUUCAUUCACCGCUGGAGUUGGCACUCCAUUCCUGGGUGCUAAUGCUCUUGGAGCUGGCGCUUACGAUGGCGGAUAUGGAGCGUUGGGGACAGUGGGCGUCGGUGGGACAUACAAUGGCCUUGCGGGGACGAAUGGACUUAUUGGUGAGCUUAUUAGUAGUGUCAAAAAACCUUUUUGAAAGUUUGUUUUGUAAAUUGUAAAAUACGCUAUUUUUCAUUUCUUCCUUAUAGAAAAUCCCAAGAUUUUAAAAACAGUGUUUAUCACGAAUUUUUGAACUUUCAGAGCGCCCUUCCGGAGUUCAAAUGUGCAAUUUGAUGCAGGACUGCCUGAACGGCCAGAUUUGUGUGAACGGGUAUUGUUCGCAGAGUAAUGUGGUUUACGGCGGAUCACAAGGCGCAUUGAAGCCGCCGCCAAGUGAGUUUGGACUCUUGAAUUUGUUUUAUGAACUUUCUGCUGCUUUUUUUUUAUAAUAUGCAUUUUUUAUUCUGUAAUAUGCACAAGUUUUCUAUAAUAUGCACAAGAUAACCGAAGUCGUUCCAGAAAUUGCGUAGACUUUUUGUCGUGGCCGCACCGUGCACGAAACCCCCUUUUGCGGCGUGCAUUUGACCCUUCGCACCGUGCUGGUGCAUUAUCGACGCAAGCGAAUUUUUAAAAACUGCACAGUGCAAAAUGUUUCGAGAAGGAUCGCGUCGCACGGGAAACAGGCAACUUCCACUGUGCGAUGUGAAAAAGGCCGGAAAAGUCUGUGCAAUUUCUGGAACGCGUCUUUCCGGAAAGUCGCCGGACUGAUUUUUUGGUGUUUGCACUGUGCGAGAAAAGUCAGUGUGACAGUCGAAAAAAGCCCAUUGCGCUGUGCAAAAAGCAAAAAAUUGCACAGUGCAAAGAAAAUUUUUGACUUUUUCUCCCGGUGCGUAUAUCGAUCUGUCGGCAAAAUAACGGCGGAUCGUCGCGCCUCGGAGUCGCUCAUCAUCGCUUUGCGACUGCAAGCCGCGGCUUGGGAUUUGGUGCGCGAUAGCGGCGAGGCGAGACAUUUUGAUGCGACGACCCGCCGUUAUUUUCCCGACAGAUUGAUAGCCAUGGCCAAUGCGCAAACUGAAAAUUAGUUGAAAAUAAUAGGGCGCAGUUUGCAUCUUAUGCGCAGCUCGAAAACAAGCUGCUCCGGCGAGCUUCGAUACCUUGAUUUCCGAGGUGCGUCUUACCAUUUUCCGCCAAGUUUCAGCCAAGUUUCAGUUAGCGUAUUGGCUCCGGCGACUUUCCGGAAGGGGUAGUAAUUGUUAGAAAGGGUCGACAACUAAAUUUUUAAUGGUUUUUUUCUGUUUUUAGCGUGUGGCACUGGUGCUACUUGCCCGGUUGGCCACUUCUGUAUCGCUGGAAUCUGCACUCCAAAUUACAUGUCGUCGUCGUCGGGUAAGGUUAAAUUUUGAAAUUUUGCGUACGUGGGCUCUAACAAAUCAAACCGCUAAUAAUGUCUCUAAAAUUUUCAAAUAGUGAAAUCUUUUGUCAUAUUUGAAAUAUCUUAUUACUUGGGCAAGUUAUACCAAUAAGGGCUAAAAUAAAUCGCAAGGACAAACCGUAUUUUACCAAAUAAAAAAAAUAAAAAUUUAUCUACCUUAUAGGACAAACCGUAUUUUACCAUAACAAAAACGUUGUUUAUUUUCAGCAUGCUUCAUCGGCAACACCUGCCCGCCCGGAAUGAUAUGCCGACUUGGCCGAUGCGAGCCCAACGGCUUUUUUGGGAAGAAAAAAUGA